AUGUUUCAGCAAGAGAUGACCGCCCCAGUGCCGCAUUUGCCUGGUUUUCAUCUCUCUUCGGGUCUGGAGUUCUACAGGAGUCCUUCCGUGCGAGUGGUGUCUUACCCUUCGGCCCAGUCGGCCGUGGCCCACAGGGAUCACAAGGAUGAGAAGCAGGAAUGGGACAAUCUGCUCGCCGCCAUCCAAGCACAUCUAGCAAAGGGACAUUCCAAUCCUGACCCGUUGGUCCCAGACCUACAGUUGUCAAAGCGCUACGAACAAAGCCCGAAGCUACGCCAGUUGGUGAAGAAAUCUGGUGGCAUUUGCAAAAUCAUAGCCACGGUGCAGUUCGCGUGGGCUUUCAAUGAAGCGCGCACCUGGAAAUUGACCCACUGCGAUGAGCCAUCGACAACGACAGCAAGCACAGGCUCGGAAAUCAGGACCCCCGAACGCUGGCCGGAAUAUGCUCUGUCUCAGGAUGGAUCUGACUGA